CGAAUAUCGGGUUGUCAAACUGGAAAGAUGCGGUCACACUCAUACUGAACAGCUGAAGAAAUUAAAAACCGGCAAUGCGUUUGCUUAAUGUUGGGCAUCGUGUGGCGGCACUGCGUCAAAGUGUGGCCGAGAAAUUCGUUUUGCCGGAACGCUUUAAGGGUACCGUUGUGGAGAAGUGGGUAAACUACUGGCACGGCCUGGUGCGCGACUAUUCCGAGGUAACCAUUGGAGUAGUGAAGGAGUCAUAUGCUAAACCCAAAAAGGCCUUAGCCUACGCCACAGGAAUUACUUUGCUGUACAAGGCAGUGGAAAAUAAUCCCGAUCAUGAGGCUUUUAUGACAAUCCUUCGUCGUAAUUCGAAUCGCAUGAUCACAGUCCCAACGGAACGACAGAAUCCGGAAGCUUCGCAGUAUCUAGUGACCCUGGAAAGAGCCAUCAAUCAGAAGAAAUUGCGACUGCUAUCGCUGGGAGCUUUCACACUGCUUUGGGUUGAUCUCUAUGACGAAGACGACUGCACUUAUCCAGCUAUAUGUGAAUACACGACAGUGAGCUGGUUAAAUUUCCAUGAACGCGUCAUAGAUGUAGGCUUCUGGAAUGAAUUCUGGCGACUGCGAUGGAAAAUGCGAAACUACGACAUCAAUUAUCUGUGAUCACUGUCCAUGUGGGUUGACAUAGUUGGUGCAGCUGCAGCGGACAUUGGUUUUGUUAUAGCAUUUUAAUUAAGAGACUUUCAUUGUAGUACAAAUGAAGACAAAUGAAAUCGAAAUUACCGUUUGAAAAA